UUAAUUUUUAGAAAAUUUUCAAAAAAUGUGUGCUCAAAAUUAUGAACGUUGCAUAUGGAAAAUUUAACCAAAACUACCAACAGUUCAGUCUAAUUUAAACUCAAUAUUUUUUGCCUUUUGUUAAUGCUAUUAAAAAUUAAAUAAAAUUGUUUCUAAUAAAUUAAAGAGUAUCCAUGGUAGCAUUCAAUAAUAAAUAAGACUGUGGGUUUUAUAAAAAACGAAAGGAAAAACUUUAUUGCUGCAAAUCGUACAAUUAACGAUCAUAAAAUGGAUGUUAGUUUAUUUACAAGGGACAGACAAGUGAAAAAUAAAAGAGUUAACAAAAGGAAACUUAAAAUGUCUCUUCGAAGCAUAAAACAAGAGUUUAUCACCAGUAGCAACCGUGCAGUUGAAUUUAAACUUAUACGCAAUGCAUGUGAUCUAUGGAAUGACAAUGGAAUUUUCAGACCAAAAAUGUCUCAUCAAAUUUUUGGAGAAGAGGAACAAAUUUAUGGCUAUGAAAACCUUGUAAUUAAAGUGAAUUAUGCUGCUGCCAGUUUGACAAUAUUUAUAAGCAUAUACUACAAAGAACGUCUUGAAGAUGCUAUGCCAGCAAAUAUUAUGAAAACACUAGCAGACAAAUAUGAAUGUAGAAAUUUUGUAACUAAUAUCAAUGAGUUUGAAAGGCUUCUUAAAAAUGAAGAAAGCUUCAAGCCGUUUGGUGAUUUACUCAACAAAUUCACAAUCGAGAAGAGUGAAAGUUCAUUACACACAUUCUCAAUUUAUAAAUGUUCAGCAGAGACAACAGGUUUUUUGGAAUAUCAUUCUAAGAUGCAAACAUUUCUACUGUGGUUCAUUGAUGCAGCAAGUUUUAUUAACACCAAUGACAAAUCCUGGAAAUUUUAUGUCAUUUAUGAAAACUACAAUUCCGCAAACAAUACACCACAGUAUGCAUUCGUUGGGUACUUCACCGUUUAUGAAUUCUACUGUUAUCCUGACAAAAUUCGACCUCGAAUUAGUCAAGCAUUGAUUCUGCCUCCAUUCCAACGUAUGGGACUAUGUGCAAAGCUUAUAAAAACAGUACAAAUGCAUUAUUCUUCUAUGAAAGAGGUUUUUGACAUUACUGUGGAAGACCCUGAUAUAAGUUUUCAAAGGGUCAGAGACUACGUUGAUUGUUCCAAUUGUUUACAUUUGGUUUCAUUCCAACCAGAAAGAUUAUGUGCAGGAUUCCAUAAUGAUAUGAUUGAAGAGGCAAGGAUAAAACACAAAAUCAACAAGAAACAAGUGAGGAGAAUUUAUGAAAUCCUAAGAUUCUACACUACCAAUAUCUAUAAUGAAACACAGUACAAAGAGUAUGUGCAAGAAGUACACAAGAGACUAAAUGCAGAAUUUCAAAGGCGAAAUAUAAAUUUGCUGAAAACGAACCGUGCAUGCUUAAAACAAAAACAGAUUUCAACACAACUAAAGAAAAUAGUCCCUAAGCUGAAUGAAGAGUACACAAAGGUGCUUAAUAGAAUAAUGGAAUAUCCCCUGGAGUAUUAACAACAGUAUAUUAUUUAAUAAACUAAUUA